GCUAACCUUGGCUAAGUAACGAGCUCGCACUUGUAGGUCACACAAGAUGGCUGCCUCCAGUGAGAGUACGUUUUUUGAAGGGACAGAAAAGCUGCUGGAGGUCUGGUUUUCUUCAACUAAAGAAUCAGAAAAACCGGACUUAAGAACAGUUGAAAUGUCCGAGUGGAAAAAGCUAAUGAAGCUUGUGAAUUGUGAAAUAAUCAGCCAGGCAGUGACAGAGGAUAUGGACGCCUAUGUGCUGAGUGAGAGCAGUAUGUUUGUCACUGAACGCCGAUUCAUCCUUAAAACGUGUGGGACCACCACGCUGCUGAAUGCCAUUGAACCGCUCCUGAAACUGGUCAAGGAAAAAUGUGGUUUUGACUCUGUCGCUGACAUUUUCUACUCCCGCAAGAAUUUUAUGCAGCCGGAUUUACAGCACCAUAUCCAUCGCUCGUUUGAAAAUGAAGUUGUCCAUCUUGACAGCAUGUUCAAGAAUGGGGCUGCAUACUCCUUGGGCCGCAUCAACAAGGACUGCUGGUACCUGUACACACUGGACGAGGUGGGAGUGUCACAGCCAGACCAGACUGUCGAACUGUUAAUGUGGGAUCUGUGUCCGAAGAAGAUGAAGAUCUUCACAAAAGAGGUCAGCAAGGACGGAAAGGAAGCAACCCACAGGUCGGGGAUAGACAAGAUAAUCCCAGGAGCCAAGAUAGAUGACUUCCUGUUCGACCCAUGCGGGUACUCAAUGAAUGGGCUCAUGCCGGAGGGCAAAUACAUCACUAUUCAUGUGACGCCCGAGCCCAAUUGUUCCUACGUGAGCUUCGAGAGCAAUGUGCCGCAGGAGUCUUACAAUGAGCUGGUGAUGAAGGUUCUGGAAACAUUCAACCCGGGCAAGGUCCUCAUGACCAUAUUCGCGAACAAGGAAUCAAUUGCAAGUCAGAGCCACAAGGAUCUGGACGCUGUGCUGGACGAGGGCCAGUACAGUCGCGUGGACCACCAGUUCUGUAUGUUCAAGAAUUACAACCUGACAUACACAUACUUCACCCGGCCUGUCAUCUAGGGGUACGAAAACAGAGGCGAUUGGUCAAGCUGCAUAAUACGCGAGUCGGAUGUCAGGGACGUAUUGUCUGCAAAAUGUAGGGUUAUCAAUGUGGAGAAAUCUUCUCAGAAAAAUCUUCCUGUCUUUGUUGCUCUGGAAGAUUCUGUUGAAGAUACAAGUUCUUCUCCUAUAAUCUUGAAAGAUUUAAAGAACUGUACAUCAGUCAGUAUUAAUAUGUUGGUGACCUCUGACCUGUGUAAAGUAUGCGCUGAUCGACCCUCUGUUGACUAUUUCAGUCAAUGUUUUGUACCGUUAUCCUUCCUUCGAAAAUUAGGUAUCUUUUAUUUACUCAACUAUCUCUCUGUUGUUAAAAUUGUUUUCCUUUGGAUAUCUACAAAAAUGAGACAAAAGUAUAGGUUUUCCUCCUUUGCAGUGACAAGAAAGUGCAGAUAAUAAGGCUUAUAGGUGCUGGGAUAUUUACUCUUAUAAUUUGCUUUGUUUAAAAAGCUCUGCAGUUAAAUGGCUCGUCCAAAUCUUAUCAACGAAUGUAUUGCACCAUCAUAAAUUUAAACCACUUUUUAAGAGUAACCAUUAAUGAUAAUUAUCUAAAAACAUUUUUAGCUCGUCUGUUUUUCGAAGAAAAAAAGUCGAGUUAUUGUGAUAGCCUUGGCGUCGUCGGCGUCGUCUGCGUCUGCGUCUGCGUCUGCGUCGUCGUCGUCGUCCAAAAACUUUAACCUUACCUCAUAACUCAGACGAGCGUUGGCACCCACUCCGCGGUGCUCUUGUUAUUAGAUUUAUGAUCUUUCAGUUAAAGAAAAUUUGGUUUUACAACUAAACGUUUGAAUUUAUUUGUAACACUGACUUCGAUCUAAUGCUAUUUCGUCAUACACUUGUUGAUAACAGGACCCAUCCCCCUGUGUUUUGUUCUAAAAGCACUUUUUGCCAUACAAAGAUAUAAAUAGACGACAUGAUAGGUUAAUUUAUUAAACACAUUUUUUCAUGAGUUUUAUGCGUUAAAGUUUUAAAAGUUUGUUAAGUUUUGGUAUUUGAUUAUUAAUUUUUGAGUCAUUGUAUCUAUGUAUGUUUUUCAAUUGUUUUUCCACUAAGUGGUUAUGCAUAUUGACCCCACUUGGAAUCCAGCUAAUGUCCAGGGGUCGACACUAAGUCUCUUUCCCGGGGAUCAUUAAUGGACACCAACAGUUGAAAUCAAGUGUUCUUUCCUGAAGUCAGGUUUCCCACCGACACUGAAUUGUCCUUUUAAGUUUUACCAAAUUUUCACAUAUAUUACUAUUACUUCUAUGACUAUAACAUUGCUGUCCUGAGGAAAUAUAUGACAUGUAGGUUUUGGUGUCUCAUGAAAUUUGGUGUCAGGGCCCAAUUUCUGGUAACUUCUUCAGUCCCUUAUAACAGGAUUAAGCUAAGCUUGCUAUUUUUGUUUUUCAAUAAUUUGUGUAAUAUUAACUUCUUAACUUUUUAUACUUUCGAUAGGAAUUAAAUUUAUGAUUAACACUAUAAACCAUUUUCCUUUCAUAAAAAUUCAAUUUAAGUAUGUAUUUUAGCUAAUUGAAAUAAGCCUAUUAAGCUUAAGAAGUUUCGAGAAAUCUGGGCCUGAGAAUCCUGGGACCUUUAAAGUGUUGAACGCUAAUUAUUGUCAUUUGUUUGAAAAGUACACAGUCCUCUUGAAGUCCAAUGCAAUGUCAGUGAGAUCUAACAUCUAUCAGAUUAUUAAUUCACUUAUUACCUUGAAAAUAAUGUAUAAGUUUUAGUUUUGGUAAAUACUCCUGUUACUUAUAUAGGUCUGAAACGAAAAUAAUAAUAAUAAUAAUAAAAGUAAUAAUAUCAUUUAACUAAGGCUAUUGCUUGCUAUAGCUAGUGCCUGAAUUACUAACUCUGUCCAUUUGAUCAUGCAUACUGUUGAGAAUUUACCAUCAACAUUAUCAUGAUAUAAGCAGCUGUUUUUGUAAAAUAUAUUUUUUCUCCCAUUGUUAUUUGCAUACUAUUUUUUAUUGUUUUAAGAAAGAGAUUACAAAGAACACAAUAUAUUUUAGAAAGAGCUAAAAAAAAUAGAAUACAAAAUUGUAUUCAAAUCAUUCAUUUCAUCUCAAGACAAAAAUGUGGCCAUAAAGAAACAUUGAUUACAGGUUUUAAAUUUUCAAGCCUUCACCCUUGGAAGGUUUUUUGCCUUGUUGAAAUGUUGCUUUUUAUAUGUUUUGUACUGAAGGCCACAAUUUUCAUUGGAAGUCUUGUACCUAUUUUGGAACUUGAGCCCAUUUUUAGGGGGUAACAUACAUGUACUACCAAACUUCCUUCAACGGAAGCCCUGUACUUUGUGCAUAUUGAAUUGUAAGGAAUGUAUUUAGUAUUUGUUCUUCUUAUAAACAAAUAUGUCUCAAUUAUAUCUACUAGUUAAAAACCACCGUGCAAUUUGUGAUUUAAUGUUUAUAUCAUAACAUGUAUUUUUUAGCUUUCAUGCAUUAAAUUUUAAGACUUCAUGCAGUAUUGAGAUGGGUAUUGUACAUUUAGUCUUGGACAUAGGCAUUUUAGAACUAGUGCCCCUUAAUCAAUCUCAAUAGUUUUGUCUCAUAUUUUUAUAUUUAGAAUAAAAUUAUUGAUGAGAAGCAUAUUUAUAUUUGUAUGUUUAUGUUUGUAUUACUUUCUUGUUCUGAUUUGGUUCCUUUAGAACAAUUUACACUGGAUUAUUUCAUUACAUUUUACAAUUACAAGGAUAUUUUCGCAUGCAAAUUUUGUAACAAAUAAUUUGAACUGUAUUCAUCUGGUUUGUUAACAUAGUAAGGGCAUUUCAAAGGCAAAUUCUUAAUUUUGACCUGUGUAUUUGUUAUUGAUUGCGAAAAAAUAUUGGUAGCAUUAUUGGGCCUCUUCAUGGCGUUUUAUUAACCUUCUUAAAACAUGUCGUGAAAAUGAGAGAACCUUUUAGCGCAUGUUUUUUUAAAAAAAUAAACAACUUCUGAAAUUUUAACAAAUUCUUUCAGAAAAAAAAAUUGUGUUUGUAAAGGUCAUCCUAUAAGAUCAUCUGACAGCAUGGUGUAGUAGAUAGGAUCUUGAAAUGAUCCCUGUUCGAUCUUUGCUGGUCUAACUUUUUUUUUUCUUCUAUUCUAUGAAUUGUUUCAUUACGCUACAACAUAUCACAUUGAUUAAAAAAAUCUGAUAUACACGUGAUUACAUUGAACUACAGGUAAUACACGUGAGUACAUGGAACUACAGGUAAUCGGCCUUAAAGGCGAUAAGAUUGCUCUUCUUACAAAUCAGUUGCUUAAAAGGGGAAAUAUAGGGCUUUGAAGUUGUGCUGUUGUAAUUGUUUUAGAUUUUAUUUUUGUUUAAAUAUGUACAUUACAUGCUUGCAUUAUUUCUAUUGUAGUAAAUUCUGUACAUUUUCUUGUCGAUUUGCGUAUUUGGUGAUGCUUGUCACAUUUGAAAUGUUGGUUUAUGUCUUAAACAAAUCCAAAGAUUCUUUUUGUGAAAGACACCCAUAUAUAAGACCUUUUCAACCAUUUUAAUAAACUUUGAACCUAA